UGAAAUAACCUUACACAUAUUUUAAUACAUUAUAAUAUUUAGAAAAAAAAAAAAAAAAAAAAUAAAAAAAAUAAAAAAUUUGUGAAUUUACAAUAUGAACACACUUAAUAAGAAAUUUUACAUCCUCCGAGAUUUCACAUAAAUAUAAUAGAAAAAUAAAAUAUUUAUUAUAUACGGUAAACACUUGUAACCAAUUAAAAUUAAAUAAAUUAAUUUUCAUUUGAGUAUGACAGAUGAUGAAUUAGAGUCCAAUGAAAAAAAUAUAAAGGUUUUUGUGAGAAUUUUACCACUUGAAAAGAUAUGUGAAACGUGCGCAAAAAUUGAUACUGAACAUAAGACAAUAUGCAUAAGAUGUUUACAAGAUUUGUAUAUGAGGAGAUCUGCUAUAAACAAUCAUAUUUAUUGGUGCUUUCAAACAGAUGGAAUUUUUUAUAAUGCAUCUCAAGAAGAAGUUUAUUACGCUGCAACGAAAAAUCUUAUAGAGAAGUACUAAGUACAUGCUUAAAAUGCAAUAAUAAAUUAAUUAACAUUUAAAGUAAAAUAAUUUAAGGGUUUUAGAUGGCGUAAACUGUAUAAUAUAUAGUUAUGGCCAAAUUGGCUCUGGAAAAAGUUUUACGAUUGGUGGUUUCAGAAAUAACUGGGAAGUACGAUUUUUAAACAUUGAUACGUUAAAAUUGAAAAUUGUAUUAUAUAUGAACAAUAAAUGUAGUAGUUAAAUUCAUUUUCUCAGCACAGAGGAUUGGUUAUGCGGCUUCUGUCUGAUAUGUUUGUAGAAAAAGCAAAACGAAGGAAAUUUAAUAAGAUACAGUAUCAGUUAAGUUUUGUUGAAUUACGGGGUAAGGAAGUAAAAGACCUUUUACUUGGUAAAACAGAAAACAGAAUUAAAAUAAAUAAUACAGAUGCAUUUAAGAAUGUAACAAUAAUAAAUAUAAAGAAUCAAGAGAUAGCAUUGAAAAAACUUUUUGAGGGAGAGACUAGAAGAUCUAUGAUUACUGGCUCUAUGUAUCCAGCUUCCCAUUUGGGUACUGCAGUAAUAACUUUUCAUGUUUCGAGUACGAGUUUAAUCACCUCGUGGGCCGUUGUGGCGACAGCCAAAAUACAUAUUGUAGAAAUGGCAGGAACAGGAACGGUAGGAAAACGAAAUUGCAUGAAGUCGCCGAUCGACGUGGGUACAGCGAAUUUAGGUCAAACUCAAGUCGAACAAUUUUUCUUAUAUUUGAGAGGCUUUGAAAUAUCUACAAAGUGUAUAUUACGUUCUAAUAAUCUUUUCAAGUUUUUGGGUCAAGCUCUUUCCGUUACGUCAAUUCUUCGAUUUAUUGCACACGUAUGCAUUACGAAAGAAGAUUUAGAUUCGACAUUGUCUACUUUGCGAUUUGCUUCUACAGUUUCGAAAUUACGACCGGUUAAAAUUACAUACAACGUUAGACCACAGACUGAAACAAUCAUAUUGGAACUUAAGAAAGAAAUUACAAUUUUGAAAAGAGAAUUGGAAUUAAAUGAAAUAUUUUUUAAUCAGGAAACAACAAUGAAUAUAUCAAAGUUAAGAUAUGAACAAAUACAUCGCGAUGUAAUGAAUUUUUUAAAUGGUACAUUAUCAGAUCUGACGUUAUAUAGUGUUUCGCAGAUGGAAAUAUUAUUAGAAAUUAUUAAAAAUUUAUAUCACGAAUUGACUUUGAAACAAGACGAGAUUGAUAACGCUUUGAAAAAUAUAAAUCAAAUAACUUCUUCAAUGAAUUUAUCGGAAUCUAAUAAUAAGAUUGUUUUACCACCCAAGAAUAACUCAAUUAUGAAUAAAACUCAAAAUACUGGAGCAAAUUUUUCACAAAUAAGUAACAAUAUUAUUCAAAGUUCAAAAACGGAGCAAGUUGGUGUUUUAAAUGAUACAGGUAUCACAUUAGGAAAUUUUAACAAAGAAGAAUUUGAAAAAAUUAUAAAAAUACAUAAACACGAAAACCCUUCAAAAGUCCAUGAACAAUGCAAAGAAAAUAAUGAACUUUCGGUUCACUCUAUCGAUGGAGAGAAAGCGGUAGAAGAUUUGAAAGAUAAAUUCUAUCAGUUACAAAAUAUGAUGCUACGUAUUAUCGAGACUAAACAUCAACCGAAGAAGCCUAUGAUAGCGCGGAAAAUAUGUAAAAAUUGAAGAGUGUUCAGUGAUAUUAAGUAAUGUAAUAAGAUAAUUUAAUGGAUAGUAGACGAUACGUAUAAUGGAAUAUAAGUUUAUAUUAAUCUAGAUCAAAUGGAGACUCAUGAGAUGUUGA